AUGGUGACUGUAUCCAAGAAGGAGCAUCAUGAUCAGCAACUGUUGCCGAAUCGUCAGGCAGUAAUUGGGUUCUAUGUGAUACUUUUUGUGUUGCUGGGGGUCCUUGUGAAUUCCCGUUGGUUGUUUGGCUCGGACGACAACACCAGUAGUGGCAGCAGUACACAUCCAUCCCAAGCAUCCGGUUUCCAACGGCAAGCCAACACAAUAUUGCAACACACAGUGGAUCAGGGUCUUUUGACGACAGAACUUUCCCAACGGGAAUUUGUUCUGGCCAAUGGGUUUCCAUCACAAUGGCAAUGGCCGCCUUGUCUAUUGGACGGAAUCCUGCGGGCAAAGACAACAACAACAUCCGAGUUGAAUGUGGCCAUUUUGGGAGGCUCCACGAGCGCCCGGGCGGCGUACAAUUGUGACAAGUACAAUGUGGGAAAUCCUGUGGAAGGACGAUAUAGCAACAUCCUCCAGCAGCUCGUGAGAGCCCAAGAAAACAAACUCCAACAAGAAGAGUCAGCCUUUCGAAUCAAAUUCCAAAACUUGGCACAAGGAUCCACCAACUCUCUGUACAGCGCCAUGCAUAUGGAUACUCUGCUUCUACCAAACGUAACAGAUGUAGUCAUUUGGGAUCAUGGACCAGAUGAUGAUCAAAUCCUAACCAAACACAAUUUUGGAGGGGAGGCGGAAGAACUUCGAAGACUCGAAUUCUGGUUCACAAGGCUCAAGGCGCUCUAUGGUCAAGCCGGAAAACCUCCUCCUCCCAUUAUUGUACUGCGUUGGUGGCGUCGCACGUGGUGGUCACGAAAAACACACGGGCCCACUUUGGAUUCCAAUCAAAUGGACUACUUGGGUCCCUUAUUCAGCCAUCUCCAAGGAUUGGGCUUUGACAUUGCCGUGGUCAAUGUCGGUGCCGCCAUUCCCUGGACUUCUCGAUUUCGCAGCAAGGAAAGUCAUCGAUUGGUAUCCGAUGAUGGACUUCAUCCGUCCUGUUCCGGGGCUACCUUUGCCGCACAAAUGCUAGAACAUUUAUUGUAUUCCAAUUGGGGUAAUGGUACAGAAUCUUGUGGCGCACUUCCCUCGCGAACUGUCAUGAAACAACCCAUGAAACACAACAACAACAAUGUCUCGUGGAGUCCACAGGACCAGCUACUAUGGGAGGAUCUCUUUCGGGAAGAUGCCAAAUUGGGAAGUAUCAAUUCCUGGGAACCCAAACAAAGAUUGACAGGACUGCACGUCGAAAAUGCACAAGAAAUUGCUACUUGGGACACUACAUCCAUUGGCAAAGUAGAUGCGCAACGAGAGGAUCACAAAUAUGACUAUCGUGCCCACACGUGUCUAGAGGGAAACAGCACAAUUAUCCUGUCGGAACCAGACUUGAAAUGGCUGGGAUUUGAUUUCCGAAAUGGCAUUACGGCCCGCCUGUCCAUCAACAACCAGCCAGUGUUUCCUAGUCCAGUCACUAAUAGCAUGUGGCCUGUCACGCAUUGGUUGUCUCUUCCGGAGCAAGAGGUUGCCAAGGCGGACAAGUACGCGAUUUCCAUAUGCAGUGAGGUACCCAAUGGGGCGUUUGGGUUUAUAGUGGCAUUGGCACUCCCUCACUCCUCCAAUCAGGAAUAGCGAAGCUGCCCAUUGCAAAAUAUGACAACCAUAGUGUAGAUUGUGCCACCUCCUGUACAACCAGUUUGUUUCAAAUCACUGUAGCAUUAUCAUAUAGUGUGCUCAUCAUUGUGGUUGCUGUGACAGGAACCAUUCCUCCCGAGUUUGAACAACUGCAACUUCUGA